GCACCAUCAAUAGUAUAAAUUCAGCUGCACACAAUGCCAUACAUACAGCUACUAAAAAUAUAUAUAUAAUUUUCGUCAGCUACAUAUGUAAGCUUUCCAACGACAACUCUAUUCGAAUCUCCUCAUCUCCCCUCCUCCCCUCCUCUACUCCUUCAACCUUCUAUGACCUCUACUCGAAUACUAUGCUAUGCCUCUUCCGUUCCUUUACCACACGUUAGAAAAUGGACCUCCAGAAUGGGUCCCCGAUUGGGCGAGCGAUCCGUGGACAGUCUUCCAGGUGGGAGCUGUCGCCGGAACCUUAUAUCUCCUGAAGCGUUACUGUAGCGGAGCUCUGAGCUUAGCGGACCGCAACAUGCACGGCCGCGUAGUUCUGAUAACUGGCGGAACCUCCGGAAUCGGUGCUGCCGUGGUUCGAGAUCUAGCAAUGCGAGGAGCACAAAUUAUACUAUUAACUCACCUACCGCCCUCGAACCCUUUCCUCGCCGAUUUUAUCGGAGAAAUGCGACAGGAGACGAACAAUCACAUGAUAUAUGCCGAGCACGUCGACCUGGCCUCGUUGCAUAGUGUCCGGCAAUUUGCCACGAAGUGGAUCGACAAUGCGCCGCCGAGACGAAUCGAUAUGAUCAUCUUAUGCGCCGCGACGAUUACACCCCCCGGCAAGAAACGUGUGGAAACGGAGGAAGGAAUUGAAGAGAUGUGGAUGGUCAACUACCUUGCGAAUUUUCAUUUGUUGGGGAUUUUAAGUCCAGCAAUCCGAGCUCAGCCUUUUGAUCGUGACGUGCGAAUCAUUCUUACCACAUGUUCAUCCUACAUCCGGUCCCCAUCACUCAACGAUGCGUUGGUGAAGAAGGAAUGGUCCCCAGGGAAAGCGUAUGCUCGAAGCAAGCUGGCAUUAAUGGUGUUCGGACAAGCAUUCCAAAAACAUCUAGAUACAUACAAACGGCCGGAUCAAUUCCCAAUGAACUCGCGGGUCAUUUUUGUCGACCCAGGGUACUCGCGUACACCCGGAAUGCGACGAUGGCUGACACGGGGCACGAUUUGGGGGCUAGUAGUCUAUGUAAUCACCUACUUGCUGUCUUGGUUCUUUUUGAAAAGCCCGGAUAUGGGUGCUCAAUCCAUCCUCUGCGCCGCGAUGGACCCGGAUCUAGGGAGAGGAGCAGGAGGCAGGCUCAUUAAAGAAUGCAUUGAGGUAGACUAUGCGAGAGUGGACGUGAGGGAUGAAGGAGUAGCUAAGAAACUCUGGGAAGCUAGCGACAAGCUCAUCGAAAAGGUGGAAAAGGAACAGGCGGCGUUGAGAGUGUUGGAAAAGAAGCGUCAAGACUUGAAGGAGAAGGAGAAGAAGGAAGCUGAAAAGGGAGAAGAGGUUAAUGCGUUAAUAGACUCGAUCAAAAAGGGGAAGGAGGCUGAAAAGAAAACCUCGCGACGGAAAGGGAAGAAGGCUUCGGCUUCGGCUCCGGCUUCGUAAUGAGAUUAUGAAUAGACGACAUCGGACUUAUAUAUAAAAGUACAUAACUAGGCAUAAUCUACCUACCUAUUGAAUCUCACUAUUCUAC